AUGGAAGGACAGACAUCCUCUUCAGACUGUUUUCAUCUCAUUAACCACACUCAUAUCCCAGAGUUUGAGGUGUCUCAUUGGAUCAAGAUCACUUUGGCCUCUCUCGACAUCUGCAUCUUUGUAGCAGGCAUCUUGGGCAACAGCAUCACCAUCAAGGCCACCAAGAUCCUGCAGAAGAAAGGCUACCUGCAGAAGGAGGUCACAAACCACAUGGUGAGCUUGGCCUGCUCAGACCUGCUGGUCAUCCUGCUUGGCAUGCCUGUGGAGUUCUUCAGCGCCAUCUGGAGUCCUUUUGCCACCCCAAAUGGCAAUGUGGCUUGCAAGCUCUACUGUUUUCUUUUUGAAGCCUGCAGUUAUGCCACCGUGCUGCAUGUGGCCACCCUUAGCUUUGAGAGGUACGUGGCUAUCUGCCACCCCUUCAAGUUCAAGGCACUCUCCGGACCCCGCACGGUGAAGCUGCUCAUCGCCUUUGUCUGGGUGACAUCUGUCAUCGUGGCUCUGCCCCUGCUCUUUGCCAUGGGCACAGAAUAUCCCCUGGAAAUCAUCGAGGGCUACCAAAGUACGAUGGGCUGCGUGAAGCCGACUCCCAGGCACCUAUUACCCCCUAUGGACAACAUGACCAUCUGUACCAGCCUCUCCUCCAAGUGGCCUGUUUUUCAGGCCAGCAUCUUCACUGCCUUUGCUGUGUACAUCAUAGUGCUGGGGUCUGUCACCUUCAUGUGCCGCAGCAUGAUGAAGACCCUGAAGAUCCACAAGAAAGGAACUGUGGCGGUGAAGGGUGAACUAGGACACCAGGAGCAGUACCUAAGGAAAAGUGAGAGCUCAGAGGGCAAGAGCUCCAGGAGACAGAUCACUCUAUUCCUGGGGCUGAUUGUUGCAACUCUGGCAAUAUGCUGGAUGCCAAACCAGGUUAGAAGGAUCAUGGCUGCUGCGAAACCAAAGCAGGACUGGACUGUCCCCUACUUCAGAGCGUACAUCACUCUUCUUCCCAUUGCGGACAUCUUCUUCUACCUCAGCUCCGUGGUGAACCCCCUGCUGUACAACAUCUCCUCUCAGCAGUUCCGCAGCGUGUUUCUGCAGGUCCUCCGCUGCCACCUGACCAUACAGCACGCCAACAAAGAGAAGUUCCUCAGAGCCAACCUGAGCUCCAGAGCAAGGAGCAGACGGUCCCUGCGCCCACUGUUCUUUUCUUCUGUGCGUAAUUCUUCUACAAAGAGCAGCAAGAAAGUUUUUUUAAGUACUUUUCAGAAUGAGAACAACUGCAGUCCACAGAAACCAGGUCCUGAAUCGCUGGAGCCCAGCUCGGAAGUAAUGCCACUGGAGAUGAGCUCAGAGCCCACUCCAGACACACAAACCAGCCUUUGUGAAAAUGAAGUAUGACUUUAUA